AUGAUUUUCGUCUUUCCACCUGUAUUUAAACCGUUUAGCCUCCGCGUUUUAAUUUUUUCCCCCUGUCUCUCUCUCUCUCUCACUCUCUUUGUCUCCUACUGUGUCUUUGCAGGACCCUGUCCGCAAGGCACCUUCGCUUGUGAUGGCAACACGUUGUGCGUGCCGCAGCGUCAAAUUUGCGACAAUCGCACAGAUUGCGAGGAUGGCAGCGACGAACACCCGGUCGAGUGUGGCCUACUUUAUGGCAGUAAGGCGCUGACCGAUAAAAUUGUCGGCAAUGCAAUUGAACGGCGUAGGCAACAACAGCGACAAAAACAACAACACCAGAGUAAGACACUUAGCAGCGGUCGCAAUGGCACCGCGGGUGAAUUGAUAAAUGUGACGACAAUGGGUGUGCCGCCGGUGGAGCAAGCAACCAUUGACACCGAAAAUGGUGGACGUCGAACGCAAGUGAGUGGCAACGAAGAAGUUGCGAUUUGUGAAAUAACAACAUAUCCAAAAGGUAUUUGCACCUGCCGCCAGCGUUCGAUAUUAUAUUGUGGACGUAAGGCGAAAUUGACGCGCAUACCGCGCUUAAGUGUCGAGGUGACGUAUUUGAUGAUAGUCCGCAGUAAUGUGACGCUGCGUGAAAAUAGCUUUAUUGGGUUGAAACACUUACAGAAGCUCUCACUGAAGCAUUGCAACAUAUCGCAUGUGCCGCUAGGCACAUUCAAUGGCCUACAUCAGCUGGAGAAAUUGGAUGUGCGGCAUAACAAUAUCAGCAUUUUGUCAGUUGGCAUAUUUCGUGGCAUGAACUCUCUGGUGUGGCUUUUUUUCAUUUCGAAUCAAUUGCGUCAGUUGCCGUUGGCGCUGUUUGUGGACAUGCCACGCCUCGAAUGGCUGAUGCUAAGUGAUAAUUUGCUCACACUGCGUAACGAGAAAUUUCCGCACAUGCAGCGUCUCUACGAAAUCUAUUUGGAUUCGAAUGCCAUUGAGUACAUUUCAGAGGACAUGUUUGCGAAUCUUGCCGCUUUAAAUCUGUUAAAUCUCAAUGACAAUCGUAUUACACACAUACAUCCGAGAGCUUUUUGGGGUUUGAAUGACAUUAGAGAUGUUCGGCUGAUUGGCAAUCCAUUGAAGGAGCUCUCUGGUGAAGUAUUUUUACGGAGUAGUUGCUUGGAAGCGCUUUCCCUUAGUCAUACACCGCUAUACAUCAGCCAACAGCUAAUUGGAUCUCUUAAUAUAUCGUAUCUUAAUUUAACGGAAAUCCCAUUCGAACGCAUAGAUUUUGAAGCCAUCAAUCAGAUGUCCAAUCUUAAAUAUAUUGUGUUUGACCGUUUCUAUUUUUGCUCAAUGACACCACAAGUUCGUAUGUGUAAGCCGAAUAGUGAUGGUGUUUCGUCAUUUCGCGAUCUGCUAAGUAAACCGGUGUUACGCUACUCGGCUUGGAUAAUGGCUUUUGUAACGGUGGUAGGAAAUAUAAUGGUACUUUGGGGACGUUUCAUUUAUCGCGAUGAGAAUAUUGCCGUAACAAUGGUCAUACGCAAUUUGGCAUUGGCUGAUAUAUUAAUGGGUUUCUAUUUAAUAACAAUUGGCGUACAGGAUUAUCGUUAUCGGAGCGAAUAUUACAAAGUCGCACUCGAUUGGAUCACCUCCUGGCAGUGCGCUGCUAUCGGCUCGCUGGCCGUCACAUCAUCCGAGGUGUCCAUGCUAAUACUCGCCUUCAUGUCAUUCGAACGUUUUCUACUCAUUGCCGAUCCGUUUCGCAGUCAACACCGUAUCGGUAUUAAGAAUAUUUUUAUAGCCCUACUAGCUAUUUGGUUGAUGGGCGUGGGCAUUGCUGUGGCGCCAGUUGCACUUUGGCACUCAAGCACCAAAUUCUAUGGCACCUACUCGGGCACAUGCUUCCCGCUACACAUACAAGAACCAUAUCCACUGGGUUGGCAAUAUUCGGCAUUCAUCUUCUUGGGCGUGAAUUUGUUUUUACUACUAAUGAUUGCGCUACUCUAUACAGCGUUGCUCAUAUCCAUUUGGCGUACACGUAAAGCGACACCACUCUCCCUGUUGGAUUGUGAAUUUGCGGUGCGUUUCUUUUUCAUUGUGCUCACGGAUGUAUUGUGCUGGGCGCCUAUUAUUGCCAUGAAGAUUUGGGUCUUCUUUAACUAUAACAUUUCGGACGAUAUCUACGCUUGGUUGGUAGUCUUCAUUUUGCCGCUAAAUUCCGCUGUCAAUCCGCUGCUGUACACAUUCACCACACCGAAAUAUCGCAAUCAAAUACUCUUACGCGGUUGGAAGAAAAUAACAUCGCGACGUCGAGCUGAUCCAUCCAACGGUUUGGCAACGACAAUUGCAACCGCCACAGCAUCAUCCAAUCCGGAUGAAUCGUCGAGCAAAGCCAUACCGCUGACAGUGAAUCACUGAGAGUAGAUUUAUUUUUAUAAAUACUAAUUAAAGGGUGGUUCAUAUAUUUGUUUCUGUUAAACUAACAUUCCGCAAAUUCCUACGUUAAGUGACAGAUUCUGGCUUUAUCUCGAGGUUGCCUUGGUCCUUAUUCAACCGAACCGUUGUUGAAUAGUUCGUCUAUCCAAAAGAUUAAUUGUCUCAUAGGAAGUGCUGCACCAAAAGAUCAUCCAAGUGUAUGUCUUCAAUUUUAGACUUUUUAAAAAUGGUCCAACUUGAUUGGAGAGCGUUUAACUCUUACCAUAAUCACGUAUCCUGUAGUAUUUCCAAAGAAAAAUGAACCAAUGAUGCCAACCAUCGAAAGACCGCAGCAAACUCGCAUGAAAGUGGGCCCCCGUUAUUAUUUUGAGUUUUUCUUUUUUCCCUUAUUACCCUUCUCAAACCGACUUUAGCAUUGCUUCCUCCCUGGAAGCGUGGGUUUUUCUUCUAAAUCUUGCCAUCGAGAAGAAAGUGAACCCACGUUAAUAAUUUUUUUUCUUUUUUCCCUCAUUAUAUAAUGCCGAUUAAUCGUUAGGGAAAUAUCCGCAAUACCUAAAAUUUUACUUACAAUCUUAAACAACAAAUCCAAAUAUAUUUCUACAACUACUGAAAAGUCUAGGUUUAAUACUGCGUUUUAUAUUAUACUCCAUAGCAGUGACCCAAGUAUUGAGGCGUUUGGUAUUCCAUCUGUAUUACUCUUUAGACUCUUCGUGACUAUGGUUUUGGAAGAGUCUUGAAUGAUGUACUUAGUAAUUAUUCUCAUGAGACAUGAAAUACUAUACGACUGUCAGAGCCAGUGACAUCGAGUUUAGAUCGUGAUAAUUAUAUAAUAUUUAUUCCUUCCUAUAUUUCACAUUUACCGGGGGCUGCUCCUCCUGUAUGUACAAACUGUACAUAGGCGAGUUGUACUAGCGACAGGGGGCACCUUUGCCCAACUUACAUCGGAAUGGCAUCGAGUUGGAUCUUCAUUGACGUCUAGCAUUCUAGCACUGGAUCAAUGGACCUCACAUGCGUUUAGCAGACGCUGAUCGACGACUCGCUUCUGUGUGUCUGCAAAAUUCUAGGGUAGAAUACAGGAGAACUACUGAAUUACUUAUCCUAGCAAAGUUUAUUUUGCAGCAAUCGUAAGGUUUCUUACUGGACACUGUCCAAUAGGCAUUCAUGCCGUAAAGUUAGCUCAGACGUAAGUUGUCAAAGUUGUAUGAAGGAGGGUGAGCUGAAAACAUUCCGACACUUUCUGAUCCAUUGUCCAAUUUUUCGAAGACUGAGUUUGAAGCGUCUCGGCACCUUCGGCGAACCAGGAGACAUAUCUGAAACUGACAUUAGUCAUCUCAACAAAUUUCUGAUAUGCUCAAAGCGCUUUGUCGAUUUGUAAGGUUCAAAUGAUCUAUUAUAUAAGAGAUUUAGGUAUCACAACGUAUUGGCGGUCUAAGCUGUCCAAGUGAGCUUCCUGGUAUGAUCGCCCCCUUAACUUAAACUAGGCAAGUAAUAUUUUAAGGUAGUAAAAUAUCAGUUCCCUUAUAUUCAUAUUCGGAAGACACUCCCAUCUAAUAUCUUUAGUUAGUUAAAAGUGUAUAUAAGCAUCAAUAUUCGCGGAGCUAUUAUACUUUUAUAUAAGAACCGUUACUGUUCAAAUAAUGUGUGCGUAAAAAUCUCACCAAAUGAAUCACCCUUUAUAUAAAUAAAUGCAUAUGUAGGUGUUUCGUUGCCACCAAGUGGUUGAUCGGGCAUUUAUAUUAAAAACACACAGUUUAUACAUACAAGCAUAAAUAGCUGUAAGUAAUAAAAUAUCUACAUAUGUACAUACUAGCUACAUGAAGUAACUGCUACCUCAAGUUAUCGAGUACAACUACAAGUGCAGUAGCAGUUUAUUUACCAAAGAAAUUGUCUAGCAUUUAAGCUGCAUUUACAUACACACAUACCCGUAUACAUACAUACAUAUGUUCACAUGUAUGUAUU